UCAAAUCGUCCUACAAAUUAUACCCUGUUUAGUCUAUGCAGCAAGAUCAUUGUUCUGCUUGGAAGCCACUAUGUAUAGUUGGCUUUAACCACUUUGUAGUUGGCAACACAUUUUUACCACUUUAUCAUCAGUCCAACAAGAAAAAGUCUAGCUUAUCUCCCUGUUUCUUAUCGCAACAAUGUUUUACUUUCUAUGUUGUUUUGUUUUGGCAUUAUAUUAAAUUUCCGCGUAAUACUUGGAUUAUGUGGUCACUUUUUUUGGACAUUUUGUAUCUCAAGCUUCUCUUAAGCAUUUUGUCGAACACUUGUUUGUUUCCCAAAUUUGAACCUCAGUUCAAUUCUCAAUGGCAACUUUUAUCACACAUUUCUGCUUCAUUCUUCUCCUAUCCCUCCUGCCCACAAAGUUUGCCAGAUCCAUUUUUGGUAUUACUUCAAUCGUACAACCAUCUAACUUCAAUGGGGCACCACCACAAGGUCCUAACCCAACACCUCCACCAAAAGGUCAAACUCCACCACGACCCUCCUUGCAAUCUCCCUCACCAACCACCUCACCACCACCUGCUCCCGUGGAAGGCUCUUCGGGUGGACUGAGUGGUGGACAGAAGGCUGGAAUAUCCUUCGGAGUGAUAGCCGGAGUUACUGUGUUGGGUUUGGGUGGUAUGGUGUACUGGAAACGCCUGUCUAAUGUCAGAAGAGUGUAUACAGACAAGCAGCCAGGACAACAUUUAUCUGAUGAAGGCGUUUAUUCUAUUUCCAAGAAUUCUCCACACUUCUUGUUGAGGAUUUUCAUUUCCUUGAACAAUUUGGUUGUUUCAACAUGAAUGAUCCCAUUACACUUAUUUUGCAGCUCCUCUGUUAUGCCGUACAUUUGG